CACGAACUGCUACCGAGUCACUCAGCCUACUUCGCCUUAAAUAUCAACUUGUCUUAUAGAACGAAAACAAAAACCCGAUAGAUACGCCAUCUUCCCUCACAUCAUAGAUUUGUCUGCCACCAUCAAUUGUCUUCACACACCAUGUCGCUCUGCAAACCAACGAUGCAAUAUUCGGUGACAUCAUCCGCCUUCUUGCGCUGCCUGAAGCAGCCUCCUAGCAUACGCAUGGCGCCAAAUUACCGUCUCUUCUCUUCAUAUGGGAACGCUCAUCGGUCGUCGAAGCGCGAUAUGCAGACAGCAACGGCCUACCGACCUCAUACGUUGCCUUCUUCUUUCCCAAUUUCGCCCAGUCCUGGAGCAAAGGAUUCCUCUGUCGCCGCCGACUUUGUCCAUUACCGCGAACCUGCCCAACGUAACUCACAGAUACAGAACACUGAGCUAAAGGCAGAUGUCAACCAGGGAGAGCCCCAGAAGUCGAAGCCCGUUGAAUCCACGCCCACCACCUCGAAACCCGCCGAGAAACCUCGCAGGAAGCUCCGGCCUCGCAAGGCGGCUAUGAAACUGACGCCUAUUGCCGUCGAACAGCUUCGGAAGUUGCUGUCGCAGCCUGAGCCGAGGCUUAUCCGAGUUGGUGUCAAGAAUCGUGGCUGCUCCGGUCUCGCUUAUCACCUAGAAUAUGUCGAUAAGCCAGGCACUUUUGACGAGGUCGUCGAGCAGGACGGCGUAAAGGUUCUGAUUGACAGCAAGGCCCUUUUCAGUAUUAUUGGCAGUGAAAUGGACUGGCAAGAAGAUAAAUUGAGCGCGAGAUUCGUGUUUCGCAACCCUAAUAUCAAGGAGGAAUGUGGCUGUGGCGAAUCAUUCAUGGUCUAGCGUUUCAUAUGAAACUUUCCCUUGGUUAUACAUUAUGACCACUGCUCUCUUGAGCUGUGUCCUCAGUGCAUCGGGCGGCGUUCUUUCGGAUGAUUGCUUAGAAAUACCUUAUUAAUGAUUCCCGGGGUAUUUAUCCCAACACCUGUACAACACACAAGGCUCGGUUUUCCUGGCCUGUUUUCAAGCACCCUGAUCCUAUCACAUUUUCACCUUCUACUGAGCAGCGCUAUAGAACGACCAACACGAACUCUUUCGAAU